AUGACUAUCAUCCUUUACGAUAUCCCUUCUACAUUGCCAGGGAAAAUUUGGAAUCCAACUGUUUUGAAGACAAGGUUCUGCCUCAAUUUCAAAGGCAUACCAUUUACCACACAAUGGGUCGAAUACGUCGAGCUCGAACCACUCUUUAAAAAAUUGGGGAUUGAACCCACGGGAAAAUGGCCAGACGGCAGACCGUUCUACUCAGUUCCCUCCAUCUACGACCCGUCGACUGGGGUUUACGUUUCUGACUCUAUCAAAAUCGCGGAGUAUCUCGAGAAGACAUACCCCAACACACCCACUUUGUUCCCAGGCAAUACCGCGGGAGUGCAGUCUGCGUUCAGCGAAGGGUUUCUUUCUGUCCUUGCACCAAUUUCUGGCCUUGCACUCCCCAGUGUGCUUCCCAAUCUAAACCCCAUCAGCAUUGAAUAUCUGAGGGGACGCGUAGAGGCGGUACGAAGCAAGGACCUUGAACAGGAUUGGAUCAAGCUCCAGGAGGCGAUGGAUCAAAUCAAUAUUUGGUUUGGAAGGAAUGGCGGGAAAGGACAGUUCCUGCUUGGAGAGGUUAUUUCAUGGGCUGACAUUGUGGUCGCCAGUAUCUUGUUCUUCUUGAGGCGAGCAUGGGGAGAAGACAGUGAGGAGUGGAAGAAGAUCUGUUCUUGGAAUGGAGGAAGAUGGAAGAAUUUUAGCGAUGCUUUCAAGAAGUAUGAGACCGUCAUAUAG